AUGGCUGCAGAAAAGUCAUGGCCAUGGCUGCAGAAAAGUCAUGGCCAUGUCUGCUCCAACAGAAGAGGACUUGGAAUUAUAGAAAGAGAACUUCAGAGUCUUAACAAAACUCUUGUCAAAACCAUUCAGCCUGCCUUCGAUAACCCUUUACUCAAGAAUCACAAAAUCCAGCUGCGACCAACUUCAUUUCCAGCUCAGAUGAAAAACUCAGCUCCGGUGGCUGAUCCGAUAUCCGAAACAUGGUCUAAGAGGGAAGCAUGCCCUGAUGGAACAGUUCCCAUACACAGAACAACAAAGGAUGAUUUAGUAAGGGCCAAAAAUCUUGCACACCAAAUGUUUCGCAACACCGGAAACACGAAUCCUCUUCCCUGGAACAUUCACGAAACACAAGGUGCCAAAUACUUUGGAGUUUGGGGGAUUGGUUAUGUAUACAACCUAAGCUUGGAUUCAGAAGACCAAUCUAGCUCUGGCAAUGUUUUUGUCAUAAGGGGCCCGCGUAACGAACUUAAUGUUCUUGUUGCUGGCUGGAUGGUUUCACCAUCAAUAAAUAGCGAUCAACUGCCCCGGUUGUAUACGUAUUGGACUGAAGGGAAGCCUUUGAUUGAUUCUGAGGAGUUGACGAUGAAGCUACUGGAAGAGCCAGAUUUGGCAGCGGCAAGAUUGCUGGAGAUGAGGCAUUGA